UCAAGAAGAAGGAAACCAGGGCUCUUUCUGGGAGCCAAAAGAGAAACAGCCCGAGAAAAUAGGAUAUCAGCGCAAGACUAAAUGUAAAAAAGAAGAGAGGGAAAAGAGAGGGAAAAAACAGGGUGAGAGAGAAGUUGUGCAUUCAGCUAAGCUGCAAAAGGCAGCUUCCUUCCCUCCCUCCCCCCCUCUCUCCCCGCCUAUCUCCACCCCCUGGAAAAGUGUUCUGUCUCUCUCCCUCUACCUCUUUUUUCUCUCCCUCGCUCUGCAGCUGUGGUCUGCUGAGCGUCACCUCCACACAGCAAGUGCCUUUACUUGAGCAGGAGAGGGAGAAGGAAGAGGAGGGUAGCUGCCAGAGAGCUCAUCCCAGGAGUGUUUCUGAACGAACCAAAGGAGCAUCUCUGUGACUUCGAGGGAGGCGGCGUUGGGAGUAUCACAGUGCUGGUGGUGUUGGCAGAACAUGCUGAGUGGAGACAAGGAAAUCCACUGGCGCUGUUGAUCCUGGUGUCCCUGGCAAAAGCUGCUUGAGCAGGAGACUGAAAAAGGCGCAGCAGCCAGGAUUUCGCCAGGGGGGCAGCAUUUUACAGCGACAACGAAGCGUGGAGACAGCUGAAACCUACACACACACGCGCGCUGGAGAACACACACGCAUACAGCUGAGUGGGGAAAGACAGUCACACGCUGCAUUUUAAAGAUUCACUACAACCCUUCUCCUUCUGAAGCACACAAACUUACAAAUUGGUACAUUUUCUUGUCCAUGGAUGCUGGAUGAUGGAGACGAAAACUUCUGGAGAGGAAAUUCUCUUUUAGGAAGGACUUACUGCAGAGAUUUUCCCACUAAGAAUAACUUUCUCUUUUGGGGGGAGUUGGGAGGUUUAAACCGUCUAUCUAAGCACAAAACAAAAUAACCUCUAUUCUUAGUUGCGGAAAUUGAGAGCGGUCUUUGUGACCGUUGAGAUUCCUCCUCCUGAUUCAGUCUGAGCAGUAAGUGGAUUAUGACAGCAACAUUUGGGGAUUUCUCUUUUGCUUGAAAAAAAAAAAGAAGAGAAGAAUAUAUCCAUGACUGGUGGAUUUACGUCUGUUAUAGAAGGAGAGGAUCCCGUGCGUUUUCUCCUCUCUUCUCUAGUGGAUUACAGAUGGGCUUUGUGAUCUCUCAGUGCCGUCUCAUGGAUGAUCGCUCGCUGCCAGUCAUUAGGAUAAAGUACAAAGAGGGAGACAAGUGGCUUUGGCACAAGCGGAGAUUGAUUGAAGUGAUCUGUGUGAAUCCUAUUAAUGCACCCUGGACUCUGGCCAAGGUAGAAGCAAUGGAGGGGAACACCGCUGUCUAGCAGCACUAUCUGAUCUGCACCCUCACUGGACAAACUAAGCACCGUCUGCACUCUCUUUUCAACAACACUCCUCCUCCUCUUCCUCUCAACCAGGCAAAGAUGGUACCUCCACCUCCCACCAACAAGCCCCACGUGUGCUUAUCCACCAUCCUGAUCAUGAGCAGCAUGGCACUGAUUGAUGCCUACCUGGUGGAGCAGAACCACGGGCCACGCAAGAUUGGCAUCUGCAUCAUGGUGAUGGUGGGAGACAUCUGCUUCCUAAUCGUCCUGCGUUACGUGGCGGUGUGGGUGGGUGCUGAGGUACGCACGGCUAAGCGAGGCUACGCCAUGAUCCUCUGGUUCCUUUACAUCUUUGUGCUGGAGAUCAAAGUCUACUUUGUGUAUCAAAACUACAAGGCGGACAGGAAGAGCCUGGACGCUCUUGCAAGGAAAGCGUUGACGUUGCUGCUGUCCGUUUGCAUACCAGUGCUGUUUGUGGUGCUGGUUGCUAUCGAUCAUAUGGAGUACGUUCGCGCCUUCAAGAAGCGCGAGGAGAUCCGCAAUCGUCUCUUCUGGGUGGUGGUGGACUUGCUGGACAUACUGGACAUCCAAGCCAACCUGUGGGAGCCUCAAAAGAAGGGGCUUCCUUUGUGGGCAGAGGGCCUGAUGUUCUUCUACUGCUACAUCCUGCUGCUCGUGCUGCCCUGCGUUUCCUUGAGCGAGAUCAGCAUGCAGGGCAUCAACAUCGUGCCCCACAAAAUGCUGCUGUACCCCAUCCUCAGCCUGGUGACCAUCAACAUCAUUACCCUCUUCAUCCGCGGGGGGAACAUGAUUUUGUACAGGGACGCCAGGGUAUCCGGGAUCCUGAUAGGAAAGAACAUCCUGGCCAUCAUCCUAAAGACCUGCAGCUUUGUGCAGUACAGGAGACAGUUGCAGAACGCUUCCCCUGCCUUCGGGGUGGAGCUGCAGAAAAACUCAGUGGCCCAUGCUCGCCCUGCCCCCAACCCUCCUCAAGUGGUCAUGCAAGACCAGACGCCCCUCCCCGAGGUAACCACGUGUGAACACACAUGACAGAAUGUUGAGGUGAAUCCUGGAGAUGUCAGUGUGAAUAGCCUCAGGAUGCUGGCAGGGCACAACGUUCCACCCCCUUUAGGGCAAGUGAACACUCAUGUGAACACUCAUGUGAACACACAGGAGAUCAUGUUCUCCGCGGCUGCUUAAUGGCACACAGGACACUGCAGACGCUUAGCUAGGAUAUAGCGCAGUGCUGUAUCCAAAGCUAUCGUGGUGCAAAAUACAGCAUCACUUGGGACUUUAUUAAAGCAUUUCCUUCAAUGAAUUCUGUGUAUUUUUUCGAAUUGUACAAAAGAUUAAAAAAAGGCAACUACUGCAAGAUUAGAGGAUAUAUUUUUGAAUUGUAUGUGUUGCAUUCUAAUCUUAAACUUAAGGGUCUGUGUGCUGUGGUGUGUAUUUCUGUUGCUCGAAUGUUCUUAGUAGUUGAGGGCUUGAACACAUCAAAGUCAGGAGGAGCAAAGUAAAGUAAUGAAAAUAACAGUUAAAGCUUUCUCUUGAAAGAAGUGUGUUUUUUAUAUGUGAUUCUUUGAUAAAGUAUUGUGUACAAGAUAAAGGCUCUCGUGCUCUCUCA